AUGAAAUUAUUUGUUGCCUUUGCUGCCAUUCUGGCUGUUGCCCUAGCUGCUCCACCGCAAGAGGAACGGGAUGCGCAUAUCGUCAAGUACGAGAAUGACAAUCUGGGACUCGAUGGAUACCGUUUCCAGUAUGACACCAGCAAUCAGAUUAGGCGCCAGGAGGAAGCCCAGCUGAAGAACUUCGGAGAGGACAUUAAUGCUCUGGUGGUUCGAGGAUCGUAUUCCUACACGGGUGAUGACGGUCAGGUGUAUACCGUCAACUACAUUGCUGAUGAGAAUGGAUUCCAGCCGGAGGCGGCUCACAUUCCACGGGCUUGAGAGGGCAAACGUAGAAUAUCCUAGUCAAUAGUAGUCAAGUGUGAUUUUCGUAUUGUAUCCUAUUAAGUUUAACGAUGAAUAUAGUGUGAAUGUCUAGAAGUGAA